GGCUUGCUGGGAGGCCCAGAGGUGGGGAGCAGACAACCAGGCGCUUGGCGGUGCAGGAGCUGGACUCUGGCUGGGAGAAGGCGGGGGAGCCACCAUGUGCCGGGGGGCCGCGCUUGGGCCGGCCGCCUCCUCCCCCCGCCACUCCCCCGCGUCAGGUGAGAGCGCGAGGGGCGGUGCCUGUGGGUGGCGAGGGGGAGGGGCCUGCUGAGGCGGGCGCCCCUCCCUCCAGGUGCUGAGGGGAGGAAAAUAUUAUUAUUAUUAUCAUCAUCAUCAUAAUCAUAUUCUAUAUCUCUUCAAGGAGCUCAAGACGGUAUACGUGGCUUUUUCAUACCCCCAAAUGCAUUUUAUCCACACCACAGCCCUGUGAGGUAUGUUAGGCUAAGGUAGCAUUAUUCAUUUACUACGUCCUUUUUAGCAUAAUAAGGAUAUUGAGAUUAUAUAUAUACAGUAUACACACACACACACAUAUACAUACUGCAAUAUAUAUGGCGGAAUAUAUAUAUUUUUGACUGCCCCUCCAUUUUUAUCCUCACAGCAAACCUGUGAAGUUGGCUAUGUUGAAUGUUAGUUACUGGCCCCAAGGUCUGUGAUUCUGUUGUUGUUGUAUCUUAUUCUUUGUCAUUGUUGUCCAUCCUCCCCGCUCCUCCCUUUUUCUCUACCCAACAAUCCUGUAAGGUAGGUUAGGCUGAAAGAUAGUUACGGGCUCCAAAGUCACAUUGCAGUGUACAUGGUUAAGUAGGGCUUUGAAUCCCUGAUCUUUGACCAAUGCAUCAGCCCCGUCUAGCAUGGCUGCAUAAUGCUGUCUUCAAGAAUUGGUGCCCAAGUUUGCUUGUUUAUUCUCUUCUUGUGCCCUUUCCUUGUGUGUCCUGGCUUGGAUUGUAAGCCUGUGGAUGUGAAUUGUCUUAUUUUAACUUAUUGUAUAUAAGUUGUUCUAGAGGGGUUUUUUUGUUUUUUUGUUGAAGAGCACUACAAAAAUGCUUUAAAUCAGUGGGCAGAAAGCAUAUUGAAAUUUCUGGUAGGUCUCUGAGCAAUUUCUUGUAGAUUGGCAGGUACGUAAUAUAUAAUACGUUAGAAUAAAAUAAAUUCCUUUUCCCUAUAACGUAAUAUAAUAACUAUAAACUAUAAUAACUGUAGCAAAAUGCAACCCCACAUUAUAAUAGUGAAAUGAAGAAAGCUUUGUUGGGGGAGGGUAAUCAGAAUGAGGACUGGCGGUCCCCCCCCCCCCACCUUUGGUAUUCUAAAUAAAUUUGGAGGCUCAGAUUUCUUUAAUUCUGGUCCUUCACACCAGGUUACACUUAGCAGAUCUCAGGGUUCUAGAUGUUAAAAAACAGAAUAGAUUCCACAGACUUGAAUCCUGACCAUACUUGCUUUAAAUAUAUAUAUAUUUAAUGUUGGUGCUGAUUGGGAUGGCAGUUCAUUUGGGCACCCAACUGACUGCUCUAACUACUUCAGGGCAGCCAAGGCAGUGUCUGAUCCAUACAAGGGCCUGCAGCUGGAUUGCCACUGCCUUCUCAGGCACCCUGUCCAAGAAGUGAGUACAGUGGUACCUCGAGUUACAAACACCUCAGGUUACAAACUCCGCUAACCUGGAAGAGUUACCUCGAGUUGAGAACUUUGCCCCAGGAUGAGAACGGAAAUCAUGUGCAGCGGCAGCAAGAGGCCCCAUUAGCAAAAGCACGCCUCUAGUUAAGAACAGUUUCAGGUUAAGAACGGACCUCCAGAACGAAUUAAGUUUGUAACUACAGUGGUACCUCGGGUUACAUACGCUUCAGAUUACAUACGCUUCAGGUUACAGACUCCGCUAACCCAAAAAUAGUGCUUCAGGUUAAGAACUUUGCUUCAGGAUUAGAACAGAAAUCGUGCUCCGGCGGUGCGGCAGCAGCAGGAGGCCCCAUUAGCUAAAGUGGUGCUUCAGGUUAAGAACAGUUUCAGGUUAAGUACGGACCUCCGGAACGAAUUAAGUACUUAACCCGAGGUACCACUGUAUUUGUGACUGGACAGUAGUUAUUUAACACUUCUGAGUGCUAAGGCGGGGCACACCAGAAUCACACACACCCCACCCCCACCCAGAUUUGGAGGGCCUUUGCAGUGUACUUCAGAGUUGGAGAACCUGUGACCCUCCAGAUAUUGUUUCACUACAAUUAUCAUCAUUCCUUGCUGACUGAGGCUGAUGGGGUUUGGAGUCCAAUACUUUCUGAAGGGUCAUAAGUUACCUACUCCUGCUCUAAGUCUGCCUGCACACCAUACAUUUAAUCCCCACCCCUGAAUCCUGGGCACUGUUGUUUACCCCUCACAGGGCUACAAUUCUCAGCACCCAUAACAAACUAUAGUUCCCUUGAUAUUUUUUUUCUGGCAGGUGUGGGACCAGUGAUGUGCUUUAAAUGUGCAGUGGGUACACAGCCUUAGUCUUUUUAUGAGAUUCUGAUUUUGUAAUUUUUAUGGUGGACUUCCUUGCGUUUAGGACAAGUGUUACAGCAACUUACUGUUUCAGCCUUAAGUUUGCAGGCUGCAGGAAUGUAUUUCAUGGGUUGCUUUAAAAAAAACCUUGAUAAGUUGCAAAUGGAUGGGGUUUUGUUGUUUUUUUUAAAAAAAAGAAACACUUGCCCUUCUAUGAGUAAGGAGGGCUUCCCUUUCUUGGCUGAAGCCUGUUGGGAAUGGCCGAGAUGAGGAAGUGCUAGAUGAUUGGCUGAGGUUGGUAGGGGAUUUUCCUGAUGAAUUUACAUAUCGCCUAUUGCUCUGCAUGCCUUCCUAUUUACAUCACUGAGAGAGCAGACUACAGCAGAGGCCAGCAGGCAUGCAAGAGACAUUUUGAAAGAGGGAAAUCUUUGCCUGAGAUCUUCUCGGUGGAGUGUUCUGCAUGAUUCAGCUAUCGGUUUGCAUGUGAGGUAAAAUACUUCCUUUGUGGACUCUCUCACUCUCACUGGGAAAAUACUAUGGCUCUGUGUGAGCCCAUCAGCAGAUCACUAAACUGCUGCCUAGAUCAGAGGGAAUUGGAAUCAGUUGUGUCAGUUGAAUAACUUGAGCUCAAAUCAGUUUAUGGACUUGAAAAACCUUCAUGUUUUAUUUUUCCAACUUAGAUACCACUAUUCAUCCUCACAGGCUCCCAAGGUGGUUAACUGCUUAGGCUCCUGUUUUGUGUUAACUCUUAAUGGAGCUGUAGAAGGUUUUGAACUCUUAGGUGCCUGAGCAAAAGGAUGGUUUGAGGUGUCCUGGUUCUGACUGGUGUUAAACUGUUUGCUGCUCUUUAUUCCUACUCAUUCUGGAGAGCUGCUGACUGUUGCCUCCUUCCUUGGAGGAAGGUGCAGUGUUCAGCCUAUGGGCGGUUGUGCUUCAUAGUGGCUUUGUUUAACUUCCCUUUCAUGCUUAGGAGGUUUUGUGUACAAGGAGGGCGUAAAUGUCAGUGAUUCCAGAGUUUUCAUUUCUCAGGGCAGCUCUUUAAGCCAGCUGGUCUUUCACCCAUUGGAUGAAGUGCUACAGCUGUUUUCUGGGCUCUUGGGCCAGCGGAAGCAAAGGUUAGCCUUGUGCACUGCUUUUUAAUUUGGUUUUAGAACAAAGUUAAAGCAGACAGUUGAAAAUCACCUAUCAUUUUCUUGCUUCUCUGAUUUUGUUACCUUUUGAGAUGCAAGGAGGCUAGGUUCUGGUGGAUUGUGAAAUGGUGCUGGGGGAUGGAAUGCAGUGUGCUGCGAUUUGUCCAGCAAUAAUUAGCAAGGGUCCAGACCUUCCUAAUGUGCAGGUGCAGUGUUAUAAACUCAGAUAUAUAAGCUGUGCACCAAAUGGCUCCUUAAACCAGGGUUGCAGUCACCAGAACGGAAUGUCUAGUUGCCAUUUUUGGGUAACAUGGCUCAGUCUAAAUUGUUAUUUUUCAAAGGAUGCACUGAGUCUGAUUGAUUCUCAGUGAAACAUCUGGCUAGUUCAGAUGACAACCUUCACCUAGGUUAAGAGCUUUGACAACUUAAAGCAGAAAAGUCCCUUGAUCCAGGGACAGUCCUCAUAUAUAUUGGCCUGUUCAGAUCUCUUUUUCUUAAUGGUGACUGCUCCUGCUCAGGCUGCCUCGAAGAAACAUUAUGGUUCCAGAAAUUCAUUCCUAAUUGUACAGAUAAAAUAUAACUGAUAGCAUUCUACAGAAUGGGGUAUUAGCAUGUGAGAACAGUCCAGAUCCAAACCCAAUGAUUCUCAGGAUGCACCUCCAGAUGGUGGAGACUUCAGGUGCCAUCCUGGCUGCUAGGCAUCUUCACUUGGUCACAAGUGGUUGAUAGCCAGAUGCAAAAUGCACCUGCCGCCUGACUAAUUUUGAACACUGCCCAGGUGCAUCCAGUAUGAAUGUGGGCUAUCUUGCUUUCUGCCAAGUUGGCUCAUCAUGGAUGAGCUCUAUGCAUUAGUUUCCAUGGGUAUAUGUGACCAGUAUUUCAUGCAGCAAGCAUGUGAAAUGUGAGUCCAAAGCCCCUGAUAGAGGCCUCGUGCAUGCACCAUUCACAAGUUACACAUUUACAGCAGCAGCAGCAUAGCAAAUGUACCCUGAGUAGUGAUGAUUGCAGCAUGGCAGAGCAGCUCUAACUGCACAGGGAUGGAAGAUACCUAGUGGUGCUGGCAUAAUCAAUAAUAUAACUAGAGUCCUGUUGGAACUGAUCAAGGGUCUCUCUAGCUCAGCAUCCUUUUUCCAGUGGUGACCUUGCCAAUGUGUCCAGGAAACCCAAAAGAUAAAAAGGCUGAGAGCCAGCUUUCAUUCUUUAGGGAUUACUUCUAUGCUGAAUUAUGAAAAUCUUCAGCUGUUUCUUUGGCAGCAUUGUAAAAUGCCUAGGUGACUCAGCCUGACAACCACAUGUGAAAUACCUUUAAGGAAGUAAUUGUGAACUGAUUUCAGUGCAGUGUCUUGGCUUGGCUUUGUUUUUUAGAGGGUUAGAUGUGAAUUAGUUUCCAUCCUUUCUCAGUCUAUGUAAGCUUAUAUUUUUAAAAUUUUUAUCUUUUUGUUGUUGUAAAUAAUACAUUAGGUUCUCUCUUGAGCUUAUUUAACACUGAUUACAGUGGUACCUCGGAUUAAGAACUUAAUUUGUUCUGGAGGUCUGUUCUUAACCUGAAACUCUUCUUAACCUGAGGUACCACGUUAGCUAAUGAGGCCUCCCGCUGCCGCUGUGCGAUUUCUGUUCUUAUCCUGAAACAAAGUUCUUAACCCGAGGUACUAUUCUGGGUUAGCAGGGUCUGUAACCUAAAGCAUCUGUAACCCGAGGUACCACAGUAUAUGCUUCCUAGUGUAGUUUGGGGAAAAUCCUUGGUACCCUGUCUGCUGUGGCAGCUAGCAAUUUGAGAUAUUUAUUCACUUACUUUAGUAUCGGGCUGGCAGUCUUGCUUUUGAUUCUAGUGUCUGAAAUUUUAUUUUCUUUCUUUUCUGUGAUAGUAACAGCUUACUUAACCAGUUCUUAAAUGCUUGGAAUAUUUCCCUUCCUCCGUAUUCCAUAAUUGGGCUAAACUAAUCUUUGCUGCCACCAGCAUAAGCUGGACCAAGCUUGAGCAACAUUUUCUGGAACAGAUCCAGUAGUAGUCCUUCAGGUUCAUGUAUUAACAUGCAUGUAUUCAUAAAACUGGUAAUGAUCUGGGGAACCUGUGACCCUUCAGUUGUUAGACACCAUCGGGCCAGUGGCCAGGGAUGAUCAGAACUGCAGUUCAGUGACAUCUAAAGAACACAAUAUUGCCCAUUCUUCCUCUAUUCCCAGACCAUAGGAGGGGUGAGACUUGGACAAAAUAGCCAGCUCCCAGGGAGAAACAUAGGUGAGCCCUCAGUAGCCUUCCUCAUACCCUGUUUAAUCUUGCCUAAGAGGUGAUACUUCUGAGUGGUUUUGAGACAUCAAGAUGGCUGCAGGCUCUGCACUUUUGACUGAAGAGCUUUUGUGGUACCUUUCCAGUAUUUUCUCAGCAAAGGACAACCCCGCUGAUAACUAGCAUGUCUACUUAAAUAAUCUCUGUGUUAAUAAUUUGCAACUUUUUUCAAUUCAACCUGCCUUGUUAGUUGAAGGUGAUUCUGUUGUGUUAGAGUUUGUUGGGCUUGAGUCUGAAGGUGCAGGAGAUAGAUCCAUUUUCCGUGAUGCAGCUUUGGUGAGUACCCAUGAGCUGCAGCAGAAGUUGGCUAAGGAAGCAGUUUCGUGGGCUAUGGUCAGUGUUCCCAGGACAGUGCCUGGAUCUGUGGCCUCUAAGUGCAGAUCAACAAAUGCAGGAAAUGGAGAGCCCUGUGGGUUUUUUCUUUCUUUCACCAUGAGUAACUCCGUUUCAUUCUAGAGUCCUGCAAUUGUUUGUUUUCUUCUGAGUAAACAGACUUCCAACAAAGGAAACAGGAGGACACAAAUACUACUGGAGUACAUCAGAUUUUAUAAGGGGGCAGGGAGAAGGAAGCCUAAAUGUAAAUAAAUCCAUAUAAAUAAUUCUCUGUCCAAAAAAAUGGCAUAGGUUUCUUAUGUACCAGCACAUCACUUGGCCAUAUUCAUCUGGCUGGCCAGAACUGAGAACUAAUUCAUGGAGUAUUAAGCUGUCAAUAGCUACUAGUCACAGUGGCUUUGCUCAGCCUCCUCUGAAUACCAGUUGCUGGGAAUCACAAGUGGGGAGACGGCUGCUGUUGCACUCAUACCCUGCUUGUGGGAUUCUCAUUGGUGCAUCUGGUUGGCCACUGUGAGAACAGGAUGUGGGACUAAAUGGGGCCUUUGCUUUGAUCAACCAGAGCUGCUUUUAUGUUCUUAACAGAAUGAUGGCCUCAGUGGACCUUGGUCUGACCCAGCAGGGCUCUUAUGUUCUUAUCCCUGUUCCUAAUCAUAUACUGAGGUGGAUGGCUUCCACCUCCUCUCUGGCAUCUGAUUGCCAUCAGCAAUGUGACUGACUGAAAGCCCGUUCUUUCAGCUUACUCUUUCAAGUUUAUUUUUUAUUUUUGGCAAAAACAGAGAAGUAAAUUAAACAAACAAAAAAGCACAACCCUGAGUUGCACAGCUGUCUUUUCCAAACAGAGGCAGGCCAUGGGACCUGGAUCCAGUCUUUCCACCACCACCUCUUCAAGGUAGGGCUGCAUGUUCUUCUUUGCCAGCUGUGGCAAGAGGCUACUCAAACUGCUUAUGUUCCUAGUGCAAAGUGAGAGGUUUGGUUUGCUGAUGGAACAGACAGGCUAGAACGUGGCUUAGCACAUACAGUCUUGGGAGUAGAGAACACCAGAAGAGACUAGCUGCUGGAUCAGAUCAAGGGGGGGGGGCGAUUCAGUCCAGCAUCUUGUUCUCACAGUUGCCAACCAGAUGCCCCAGUGGGAAGCCCACAAGCAGGACCUGAGAGCAACAGCGCUCUUCCCCGCUUGUCAUUCCCAGCAACUGGUAUUCAGAGGCAUGCUGUCUCCAACAGAAGAGAGUAGGACUUACCCAUCCAGCUUGGUGGCCAUCACUCCUUCCUGGAGCUAGGGCACUGUUGCUGGAUAGGUGCUUCUGCAGAAGGAGAGCUUGUCUUCUUCCAAAGGUAAGAUCAGAAUAUUAUUUUUGUUUUUUAAACUCUCUCAUACCAAAUGUAACGGAUUUGUAGAAAAGGCUUUACAUCCUGAAAAAAGAGGCAAUGCAUGUACUGUUGUAAACCAAGAAAAUCUUUAAUUAAAAGUAUAUUUUUUUUAAAAAAAGGGACGCGGGUGGUGCUGUGGGUUAAACCAUAGAGCCUAGGACUUGCUGAUCAGAAGGUCGGUGGUUCGAAUCCCCGUGACGGGGUGAGCUCCCGUUGCUCGGUCCCUGCUCCUGCCAACCUAGCAGUUCAAAAGCACGUCAAAGUGCAAGUAGAUAAAUAGGUACCGCUCCAGCGGGAAGGUAAACAGUGUUUCCGUGCGCUGCUCUGGUUCGCCAGAAGCGGCUUAGUCAUGCUGGCCACGUGACCUGGAAGCUGUACGCUGGCUCCCUCGGCCAAUAAAGCAAGAUGAGUGCUGCAACCCCAGACUCUGCCACGACUGGACCUAAUGGUCAGGGGUCCCUUUACCUUUACCUAUAUUUUUUAAAAAUCACUUUAAUUAGGAAAACAUAAAAAUAAAAACACUUCCAUAAGAUAUAAACAAGGCACACAUCAUUACAGUCAAGCCACCGUUAUAAAAUGAGUCAGGAAAAAUUAAUUAGAUCUUGCCUUUGACCAAUUCUCCAGGAGGGUCCUCGACUGGUCAAAGUAAAGCAAAACACUCCUAAGAGCAAUAUAGCAUUAAAUAGCAGGAUGUGCAUUUAAAAAAUAGGGCCAUGUUUCUCAAGCUGCGCAAAUCACUUAAUUAAGGCAUUCCUUAAAUUACUGAGGUCUGUUACAUUCUCCCUGACUUUGGAACUUCAUUUGGUGGCCUCGCCAAGCUUCUACAUACCCCCUCUCCACAGCUGGUGUACAUACAUUUGCUCCAGAUGACACCACUUUAUCUUCGGCUGGAGGUAAUUAGAUUCACAGCAGUCAGAAAUCCACAGCCCCAACUUCUUAUUUUUGGGAAGGAAAUCAAUCCAAGCCUUUCCUGCUUAUAUUCCUGUUGGGCUUGCAAAAUCAUUUGCUCACCCCAUUUUUCUGCUGUCGUAUCUUGUUUAGUUACUUACUGUGUCUGUGGAAUGCUCUCCCCAGGGAAGUUCGCCUGGCACCUUCAUUAUACACCUUUAGGUGCCAGGCAGAAAUGUUCCUUUUUAACUAGGCCUUUGGUUGAUUUGAUUGACAUCCUAUGCCCUUUUAAAAUGUGGGGUGUUUUGGGUGGGGGUUAUUGAGUUCUUUUUAUUUUGAUUAUAUAUUUUGUUGUCUUAUAUUUUGAUUUUGUUCUGUGAACCGCCCUGAGGCCUCUGGGUAUAGGACAGUAUAUAAAUCAUCAUCAUCAUCUGCUGUGUUUGAAAGCCCACAUGGCUGAGCAUAUAACUAGAUGCUGAAGGGCCUAUUCCUGGGGUCCUUCCACUUUUGUUCCUUCAUCAUGUUUAUUUUGUGGAGCUCCUGUUUCAUUUUACAUGCCCUUUUAAUCUAUGAAAGUUCAUCCCUUCUUUGGCUGCUACUCUUAAACCCAUUUCCAGGCUGCUAUGAAUAAUCCAAGGAUAUUGGUAAUCCCUAGUAAAUCUCCCUCGCUAGAGAGUCUUUCUUCAUGGCAUUGAAGGAAGUGCCUUUUUUGGAAGCAUCACAAACUCCAUCCCUUGUACUCAUCUCAGGAUGUUGCAGGCUUCUCUCACCACACACCUCAUUUAAUUUAAAAAUUAGAGCCUACGGUAGACAUGGCUGCCUGGCCACAUUUUGUUUGACUCUUAAGUGAUGUUUGUGAACCAGCUCAGAAUGUUUCCUUAAUAGCUGCGGCAAUAAUUUUUGUAGAAAAAUAGCUAGUAUCUACUGCUCUUUAAUGCCACGAAAGUGAUUGGUUUCUUCUGCUUCUCACAGCAGCAAAACCCAAAGUUAAUUUCCUGUUGAGUGAGGCACUACCUCUUUAUAUUGAUCUUGAACCUUUUGCCCAUCAACUUCAUAAGAAUGUAAUCGUCUCAUCUGGUUGAAGUACACCUUCAUUUUGUGUUUAGCGAAAUUUUAGCUUGGAAGUAGAGAAACCAUUUCAUAUGCCACAAUUUUUUUAAUAGUAUCCAACUCAAACCAAGGCUAUGCAGGGUGGGGAACAUUCCUUUGUUUCCCUCUUCCCCCAUGCCCCUUUUGAUUUUGGUUUGAGAAUUUGAACCUAGUAAAAAGUGUUUAAAGAGCUGGAAAAAAGAGAAAGCACCUGGAAGCUGAGCUCUCUUGUAAGAAUGAAUUGUUAGUUUCUCUGUUACAGUGUUGACAGCUCUACAGUUUGCCUUGUCGUUUUCUGAGCUGAACAGGGCAAGUGGAGUCCAGGAAUUGCAGCUCUCUUAAUUGAUCCAAGGUUUUGCUCUUGGCCUCUUCCCACAUAUGGCUCAGGUCACAUGGAAGAGAAAUGUUUUUGCAACAGAAGAUCCAAGUGCAUUAGCUGUGCCUCCUCCAAGGAGCCAGCCCACGCAAGGAGAGGUCCAAGCACCUAGGUGGCUGUGUAGCACAUCACAGAGCAGCCUCAUAAGUGGCCACUAGGUACUGCUUCCUUUCCUAGGCCUGACACCUGACAUGUGGGGAAUGAACCCUGAGCUGUGUGUAUAGGCAAAGGCUGAGUCUCCAGCUCCUCCCAAGCUCUGCCAGAGCACAACCCCUGAGAGAAGUUUGUAUCAAGGAGAAGCACAUCCAACUGUUAAACUGUUUUAAUAUUGUAUUUAAAUGUUGCAACCCACCCUGGGACCUUAGAGUGAAAGGCAGAUAAUUAUGAAUAAUAAUAAUAGCAAUAAUUGUGCUAUUUUUAAAAAUAUUAAGUUAUUUUAAAAAAUAUUCUUAAGCCAGCUGUGCACAGGCUUGGUGCAGCACCUUUUGCAUGUCUGAGAUUGAUUAUAAAUAAAGUAUAUUGUCCUUUAACAAUGUUCUUUAUUUUUAUGUUACCAGAGGCAGCGUUUAGAACAUUCAAAUGUGGGGUUAGAUUAUGAGCGCCAAUAAGAACACCCGCUACAAUCGUUUCCCCAGUGGUACAACAAACUGUGCUGCUUCAGAAAACACUAACGGGGUAAGAGAAUGCAACAUGAUUUUGAGGGUGGGCCUUUAGAGUCCUGGCUUUUGUUAGCUUACUCUCUGAAUUUCUCAGAAAAAUGGGCUGUGCCUCUCUUGACAGUUUGUGGUCGUAUCCAGUCAGCCCUCCUUUUACUAACCCUGGUUAACUGGUGCUUUCAGUCUACAGAGGACAGAUUAUGUGAUGAUGUGUUUCCUCUCUUUUUCCAGACCAGAAUGGAGACAACUUUUGGGCCUGCUUUUUCUGCAGUGACUACCAUCACCAAAGGUCAGUGUUGAGCAAUCUCUAGUUAUUAUCACACUGCAUUGAAGGGUUAUAAUUUUGCUUCUGUUCAUGGAACAAUGAAAUUCCACAGCAUCUUAUGUCACAUCCACAACAUGUAUUUAUAAGCAUGACUUUCCCCAAAGGUGCUGGGAAUGGUAGUUCUGGGAGGGGUGAACUACAGUUCCCAGGAUUCUUUGUAGGGGAGCCAUGUGUUUGAAAUGUAUGAUGCGCAGCCACUGGACAAGGUCCUCCACAUAUCCACAUAACAGCCAGCCCACAGAAAUGUGGAGCCGCCGGCCGGAACACAAACAGCCAUUUAGGGCCUGCCAGCAUUGCACGCCUGAAAUCAGACCAGUGCAGCCUUUAGGCCGGCGCCAGCAACCACCGUAGCACAGCCUGACCACGCGUAGCCGCUGUGUGUGCCGAUCGCAGCUGUAGCAAGCUAAAGAAACCUUUCAUAGACGGAGCCAAUUGAGAGCACCAGUUGGGAGUGCUUAAUAAAUACACAUACCAUGUGUGGCUGUAAUGCCAACAGCCGCUAAGAGUAGGAGCAUUCAUCUUCAACUGUUUUUUGAGUUUGCGGGGUUAAAAGCCUAUGGAUGGGAAUUGGAAGCUCUUGUUCUUUUUUGUUCUCUUUUUCUUUUAUGUGUGUGUGGUUGGGGGAGUGCUAUUUUUCUUCCAGAGCUGCUUCAUUGGGAAAUUGAUCUAUGGAUAGAUUAUAGAGCAGCCUUUGCCAAUCCAGCUGGGGUGGAAGGCAGCAGGUUGGCAAAGGCUCUUCUAGAGACAUCUGAUCUGGUGUAUAGAAGUUGCAGAAUGUCUCAGAUGCCUGUCCUGGUUCUUCUUUUAGCGGACGGGAGUAGUACGUUCAAACAGCAUCGCCGGACACCCUCCUCUUCCAGCACUCUCACCUAUUCCCCUCGCGACGAGGACGAUGGCAUGGUAUGUUCUUUGGCAUGAAGGGUCACUUGCAGCUGGGAGAGGAAUGGGGUUAGUGCUGUGGGAGGUGGCUUUGCCAAGCUGCUAUCAUGGACUCUGCAGUUCCCAUAUUUAUGUUUUCAAGUCCCAGUUUCUGGUUACCUGCUUUUGUUCCCUUCACUUCAACACCACUAGAAGGUGCCCCUCUGCACAUCAGUUCUAUGCUGUGUGAAAUGGAAUGUAGGUACAUAAGCCCAACACUGUGAUCCAUUGGAUUGUGCCACCCACAGACCUCCUAACUGUGUUCAUGUCUGUCUGCUUCCAUGGACCUUGAGCAGAAGGCUUCCAUGGUAGCGAAUGUAUUUGCAGCUGUCAGGGUCCAGACCUCGCCUGUGCUGUUAUGGUUUCUUACCUGCAGUUUUCCAACAAAUACAUGUCUGCUGACUGGCUUCGGACUAUGGUCUCAGCCUAGCCUACUUCAGGGCUGCUGGAAGAAUAAAUGAGAGUAUUUGGCUUCAGCCAGACAUCAGUUGUGUAGUACAGAGCAAUAUGUUAAGUAUUCUCAUGUGUGUACACACAGAGAGUGCACACUUAGGCUUGCCUGGUCACAAUGCUGCAGUAACAGUAGAAAGCACAAGCCCCGCAAACCCCCCCCCCCCAAAUCAAGCUGUAGGCCUAGCAUCCCUCCAGAUUGGAUUGCUGAAACAUGAAGCUGCCCUUUGUCUGGAAAUGUUAAUUGGUGUGGAAAGCUGCUGUUGUCUGGGGUAUGGUGGUUUGAAUACUUUACCUUAGUGUUCCAUCAGCACUGGUUAUCUCUUCAUUUCUGGGCCAAGUUUAAGGUGUUGCUUCUUACCUUUGUGCUGACAGCUGGCUUUUCUUGUUCUGUUGUGCCCUUUUCUGCUGCUUCUACCCCAACCCCUCGUUUAUAUGGACAUUUGCUUUGCAGAUUUGUGUAGCUGUUUCCAUUUUUAUUUUGAUGUAGACAGGGUUUUAUCAUGACCUAAUCUGAUUUUGGGCAACGUAUGUCACUCUGGUUUCUGUUGAAGAAGCAUGGGGUUUGAAAGCCUUUACAUUAAACAAUAAUUCCCAUCAGUGCUCUACAUAUUGAACCACUGUAUCAUAGAGGCACUGUGGGCCGAGCAUCCCUGCUUCAAAUCUUUCAUCAGCCCAGCAAGAUCGCUUGGUAAUCAUCAGCCAAGUGCUGUGACUCUCUCAGUUUCCAUCUGCAAUAACUAUUGUGAUGGCUACUGGCUUGCUAUACUUAUUUUAAGGCACUUAUAUUCCACCCUUCAUAAUAUUUGUCCCAACGCUAUUUAUGCUGCACUUAAAAACACACACCAAACACAACAAUAUACUAUGCACUGGCUGAAUUAAAAUCAAUAAACAAGUAGCACACUUAAAUAGCCAUUAAAACCAUAGAGAGAGAAGCAGAGCUUAAAAUACAGCUUCUUUCCAAUGUUAAAAGUACAAACCAUUGAAAACAUCUUCCCCAACAGCCUAAAAGUUAACAUGGUGUAUCUUAGGUGGGUCCCCAUGAGUAAGUGAGUUCCAUAAUCAGGGUGCCCUGUAUGAGAAAGCCCACCCUUUGUGGCCACCCACUUGACCUCUGAGAAGGCUCUCAUGGAAAGAUCUUGAGGUUUGGGCAGGGUUAGUAUGGGAAGAGGUAGCCCUUUUAUGCUACCUGGUAGUAUGAAUUUCAUUGUAUAAAUCUGUUUCAUUUUGUUUAAAUUACAGUGUAUUCCACAUCCAUCAAUCAGGGUGGUUUUAUGAUCAAAUAUUAACAUAUUUAAUAACAACUAAUAAAAAUAAACUAAUAGCAAUUUUCUUAAAGCAGCAUAAAAGUAAUAGAUGGAUCAACAAAAGCUAAAUGCCCAGGAAAAUGACAACGUCUUGGCUGCAUGAUGUAAAGAAACUGGAGAAGGUGUCUGGGGAGAGUGUUACAAAGCCAAGGCAUCACCCCUGAAAAGGCCCUUUCUCUUGGAGCCACCCACCAUACUUCAGAUCAGCCUUCCCUGGCCAGCCGCCCUCCAGAUGUUUUAGAUUUUAACUCCCAUCAGCCCCAGCCAGCAUGACCAGUGGUCAGGAAUGAUGGAAGCAGUACCCAAAACAUCUGGGGGUGCCAGGCUGGGAAAGGCUUCAGACAGCAGGCGAACCCAGAGACUGGCCUCUGGAGAUGGUCUCCUAAAUACAGGCAGGCACAUAAUCGGAGACAGACGGGGGUUUUUUGCUUUUUUAUGUGAUGGUGACUUAUACGUAUGCCUGUAAAUAAAAAUAAAGUAAUGGAAAAAAUUGUAUUAUUGUAAUAACCUGCAGCUUUAUAAGAGUAUAUAUUUAAAGUAGAUGAAUAAGUGAGCAAAUUAAGUUAAUUUGGAUAUGCAGAAGAUAUUAAAAAAUAAAUUUAAGGAACUGCAGAAAGAGGGGGAAAGAAGUCAGGUUUUGAAAUGUUAAAAUGAUUGUAAAAUUAGUGAAAUGUAUAAACCUGAAAAGCAUAAACAUUUUUUUAAAAAGAGUAAUGACUGGUUCCAGUUAGCAGAGUUCAGGCAUUUUUCUGAACUGCAUAUUCCCAAGCUUCAGUAGAAUAACCUGAAGGUUACCAGAGCAUUACUGCUAAGUAAUAAUAUUUGUUGAUGAAACAGUCAUAAGAGCUGUGCCCUGACUUGUGAUAUCCGUCUUACUCAUGGUCUGGAUUUCCUUUUGAGGCUUGUAUAAUACAACCUGCUGGUUGCUUAGUCUGAGAAGUAUUGGGGAAGAUUUCUAACUUGGUGACAGAAUGUCUGCUUGCAUGCAGAAGGUCCCAGGUUCAAUUUCCAUCAUUUCUAGGUAGGGCUGGGAAUUUCCCCCCUGCCUGAAACUCUGGAGAACUGCUGCCAGUCUGUGUAAACAACACUAGGUCAGCAAGACCACAAUGGUUUGAUUUCUGGGGAAGACCCAUGGCUCAGUGGUAGAACACCUGCUUUGCAUGCAGAAGGUGGUAGGAUCAAUCCCCGAUGGCAUCUCUAGAUAGGGCUGGGAAAGACUGCCAGUCAGUUUAGGCAACACUGACUAGAUGGACCAGUUGAUUCAACUCGCUAUAAAGCAGCUUCCUGUGUUUAUUCUAUUUGGAUUUUCUGUAGUCACACUUGGCUCCUUGGCUUUUAACCAUUGCCAUUUAACUGCCAAAUCAGUUCAAAUGACAGUGUCUUCUGAAACCCCCAAAGCAACCCACCCAGCCCCCCUACUCAAGAGAUCCUCUCUGGUGCUGCUUUGAGGAAUGCUGUGUUAGAAAUCUGAGGGGCGUGUGGUUCCACUGGCAGAACAUCCCUUCCUGAGCCAGUCCCAGAAAACUUGCAGCCAGAACGAGGCUGGCGAUUGGUGGGCUUUCUGCCCAGCUGGCUCUCCCGCCAAACAGGAAAGCCACAAAGCAGAACCCGGACUGAAUUGAAUAGGAGGAAGUCUCCAACCAUCUACGCAAAGAAAUUUGGCAGAAGUGAAAGAGGCAGCCUAACAACAAGUGCUCUUAGGAACAGCAGCACCCAUGAGAGAAGCAUGUUACCCUUUGGGUAAAGGAUCCUAGCCGGGAACUGGCGCUUCUGGAAGGAAGCCCAGCCAAGCACCCAGAAGUUCCAUGCCAGGAAGGUGAGCCGAUAUGCAGAAACAUCAAAUAUUGAAACAGAAGUAGGCACUUUCCAGGAGCUGUUUCACACUUGUCUGAGGUUUGUCUAGCUUGAGUUUGCAGUUUAACAUUUCUUUUGAAAGAAGCAGGUUUUCUGCAAGUCAUUUAGCUUGCAUAAAAUGAAAAUGAGAUGAUUUACAGAGGGCAGGCGUGUGUAUAUGUAUUUUCAGGUGAGGUAUUAAAAGAAACAGCUCUGCAGACUAAAUAAAAUCUGUUCUGUCUCCUCCUGCCUUUGUCGCAUUGCUGAGGCCCAAAUUCACCCAGAUAUCACUAAAUUUUAAGUAGCUGCAGGGUUUUUAUUGUUGCUCCUAAAAUCUGAACAACUUGUAGUUGUUACAAAAAUGGUGCUGUAGGGUUCCUUCUGUUCGCUUAGAGCAUUAGUUGGCAUUCUGCAGACCAUCUUUUACUACCAGAAUCAGAGGAACCACCCAUUGAAAUGGAAGCUCAGUUUCAGUUCAGCACAAGAUAUGUGGAUUUUGCAGAAAAGCCACAAAAAUUCAGCUUCCUGCAAAUCUCGGUAUUGGAGUAGAGAUGAGACCUUUGAAAAAGGCAGUUGCUGAGCCCUUUAUGAUUGCUUGAAAAUCUUCUGCAAUACCUGGUGAAAUCUGAGGAGGCAGAAAAUAUUUGCAGUGUCUAGAAGAUGCUGACCCUCCCUGUGAACGAUGGAAGCAGAAUAAAUUUGCUGCAUAGUAAAAAAUGCAGAAUAGAAUGCAAAAACAAGAGAGAUGCAGGCUUGCUUAAUUUCCAUAACUUAGAAAGGUUGCAGAAUCCAGCUUUGAUUGGCAUAGAAUGUUGAUAUGAAUUUAGUCCAAAGAACACACAGCCCACACUUACGUGUGUAAGCAAGAGUUUUCUGGGAUCUCCCACAGUGCCCAAACCCCAGACCAACUGCUAAGCAUGGCAGAGCCCUGCUCUGUGUUUUGUCACAUGUGACUCUAAAUUGCUGUCCUUUUUUCUCUCUCUCUCUGCAGCCACCAAUCAGCACUCCACGCCGGUCUGACUCUGCCAUCUCCAUCCGCUCGUUGCAUUCAGAGUCCAACAUGUCCCUGCGCUCAACUUUCUCUCUCCAUGAGGAAGAGGAAGAGCCAGUAGGUAUUUGGGGGUUGUUGGCGGUGGUGGUGGUGAGAGUUUUCCAUAAAAAGAUGCAGAGGAAAGAGCCCAAGGGCUUUUAUAAACUGCCAAACAGAGGAAAGGCGUGUAAUGUGGCAGCCAUGACCCAAGUAAUUGGUGGCCAAGGAAGAUAAAUAGCAAUGCUGUGUAAAUUUAUCAGGUGAUUGGUAACUGAAACAAGGUUGGUUAGCCUGCUUCCAGCUCAACCUACGAAAUGCAAAUCUCUACCACAGCCUUGCUGCAGGAAGAAUUUUCCUAAGAUCCAGACUUUGGACCUGUAUAGAGUUCAGAACUGUGACCAUGCUGUAAAAAUUAUUCACACACAAAAAUGCACAAACCAGAUCCGGGACCUUUGUAGUAUCUUAAUUGCAUUUUAACCCAUUUAUCUCUUGUUGGCUGUAGUCACAAGCAGCAAAAGGUUUGUUUAGAUGUGCAAAUGUAAACCUUUAGUCCUAUUUUCAGGUUGAUUUAAACUAGUGGUUCCCAAAGGGGGUGAUACCACCCCCUUGGGGGUGGGAGUGCUAAUGGGAUUAACUAGGGGGCACUAAGGGCUGCAGGGAGCGGUGCUAGAGGUAUAAAUGCUGGUAUUGGAAAGCUGGUAUUACUGGAGCAAGUUAAUUUUGUUGAAUUAUAUAAGCUAAAUAGUCCUGAUGGGAUUUUGAAUAAAUGUGCAAUUAAUUGUUACAGUUUUGAAUUUUAUUGUGUUUCUGUCUUUAGUGGGCUGUGCAAACCGCUGUUCUGAAAAAUACUUUUAAUAGGGUAGAGUGGGGGGCACUGUGGAUGGGUUUAUGCAAUCAAGGGGCUCGUGGCCUGAAAAGGUUUGGGAAGCACUGAUUUAAACCCUUUGCAAAGCCUGAGCUUGGACUUAGUUUUCUGCUUGCCAAUUGUUCUUGGCUCUUGCACUCUGCAACCUCACCACUUGUACUACGGAAGGUUGCUGAAUCUGAACAAAAAGGGUGAAAGCUUCCCUUGUUUACCUUUGUUUUCUGGUUGUUCUCCCUGCUCAGGAGCCGCUGGUGUUUGCUGAGCAGCCCUCAGUGAAGCUCUGCUGCCAGCUGUGUUGCAGUGUGUUUAAAGAUCCAGUAAUCACGACCUGUGGGGUAAGGACAGGAACCAGGCUGCAGUUUCAGCUGCACAGAAGAAGAAUACAUUUUUUUAAAACGCUACAAAUGCUAGGAAUCCUUUUCUUCCUCCCCCCACCCCCGACCGAUAAAUAAUGACUUCUCUUAAGAGAACAGAUUUAUAGCGAUGGAAAGGAAGAGGAAAAUUGUCAUCUUUUUCAGCCUGGAAUGUUAUUGUCUCACGAGUGAUGAAAAUAAUUUUUAAAACACUAGCAUGUUGUAGCUUUGUUGCUUUACACAUAUUUCAUGUUGUACAAUUAUGUUGAGUUUUUGCAUAUUUAGUCUCGCCAGCUUUUUUCUUUCCAAUUUAUUUGUUUAUAAAAAAAUAUUUGUAUACUGCUGCAGCAUUAAAAAAUAUCAAAGUGGUUUGCACAAUGAAAAUAGAAAAAACCAUAAUAUAAAACCAUUUUAAAAGUUAAGAACUGGCAUUAGCCGUUGUGGAAGGAUAUAUUCUUAAUUGCCUGCAUAGCCUUUGCAGAAUAGAAAAGGUUUCAGCUGGCACAGAAGGUGCCUUCUGGAUCUCUAUUGGUGGAAAGUUCCACAGGACUGGGCCACUAAAUGACACUAUUAAGGCUCAGUUGCUUGGUUGAACCUUUUUAAAACAACAACAACCCUGUGUUGUGUUACAGGCAGAUAGCAAGUAUAUAGCUUUUUUAAAAGAAAGAAAAAGAAAGAAAGGUGGCAAUUGAGGGAUUGGGGAUCAAGUGUCUGUCAGCAGAACCUCAUUACCUCAAGGAAGAUGACUCAACCAUUAUCAGCCUUUCUAGCUUCGUGGAAUAUCCAUAUUUUGAAAAUCCUGCCUGCAAUCCUGGAGAGCCAUUGCCAGUAUGUAUAGACAAUUCUGGGCUAGGCGGACCCAAAGGUGUGACUCAGAUCUUAAGGACUGUGCUCCUAGGACUAGAUGGAGAUUUUGCCUGAUCUGGAAAAGUGAUUCUUAAUGGUCAUGCACUCUCUUUCUUCACAGCACACAUUUUGCAGAAGAUGUGCCUUAACCUCUGGUAAGUGCUCAAAGACAUUAUUUUGCAAUUAUUUCGCAGCUGUCUUUUCAGCGGGGGUGGGGCGGAUGUGUGUUUCUUCCUCUUUUGCUUUCUUCUGAGAAAUGCAACUUGUGCUUGUAUGUCUGCAGCUCUCUUCACCCCUCUGAAAAUUCUCUGCCUCCCCUAAAACACAAAUGGUCUGGUCCUGCUUUGCUGAUAGAUUGUCCUGUUAGCUCUCAUUGAAAAGUAGCUUCUUGAUUUCAUCAGAGCCCCUGUGCUGGUGCUGGGCCACUAGGCUCCAGUCAGUCUUAUGUUUUUUUUUUAAAAAAAAAGAGUUUAUGGUAGAAGAAAACCCCUGUCAAAGAUGCAUAACCAACCAUUAUUUGCUGAUGCUCUAUUGAUGUUGUUAAUUAUAUUUUAAUGAAUAUUUAUGGGUUGAUUUUAUUGUAUUUUGUUUGUUACUUGAUAUCCUUAAUGAAAGUGUUGGUUAUAAAGAUUUCAGUAAAUAAGCAAAAUCAACCAGCUCUUAUACAGUCAAACCUCGGAACUCGAACGUAAUCCGUUCCGGAAGACCGUUCCGAGGCGUGGCUUCCGAUUGGUUGCAAGGGCUUCUUGCACUCAAGCGGAAGCCACGUCGGACAUUUGAGUUCUGAGGAACAUUUGAAAACUGGAACACUUGCUUCCAGAUUUUUUGGCAUUCAGGAACUGAAACGUUCAGCAAUGGAGCCGUUCGAAUUCCGAGGUUUGACUGCAUACUGAAAAAUUGCAAGGCACAAGCAAUCUGCCUGUGUGGUUGCAGUUCUGCAUCACCUCUACUCUCUCUUGCCAUCUGAGAGCUUUGUAGUGGCUGUUUGUGAAUCUACUUAAAGAACACAGACCACUGGUCUCUGCGACCGCUUGUGAUUUGUUUUUUGUUUUUUUUAAAUGAGCUGCAGAAAUCCCCAAUGCAGAACCGAGAGCAAACAGCUCUGCCUCCCUCCCUCUGAACAACUCAAAAUCCAGCAAGUAAUCAGGGGUGCUCUGAACAACACUGAAAUGUGUAAAAAUAAUCCCAAGUAGCCACUGAAAGGAGAUGAACUCUGCUGCCAUUGUUAUAAUAAUUAUUAUUGUCAUCGCAUUCUCCAUUACCAAAAUGCCCAUCUUCAUGGUGGUUGUGCGUGCGCCCUACUGCUGCAGAGCUGGGCAAGUUUCUCCUGCUUAGCAACCAUUUUCCCAUGUGCAGUGUUGUACCCUUCCUCAAUAGGAGCAAAUGGCAAUCACUCACCCUUGUUUUAAGAUGGUUUUGUUUAGCCCCAUCAGUGAACAUGGCACUUGUUGCAGAUUAGGGAAAAAGCAGGUCCCUACCCCUAGGAGCUUACAGCCCCAGUUUUGACAGAAGAGGAAAGGGAGAGACCAGAGUCAUGUGAUAGAUAUGCACAGAUGCAACUGCACAGGCUCAGGGUUUGCUUUGCUUAAUGCUUGACCUAUGUCAGUUGUAUUAAUUAAGCAUAUAUUCAUAACUACUUCUUGUCCAAUAAUGUGACAUCUGGUGAAUGCCAGCUUGCUUGUGCAAUGGGGUUUCAUGUUCUCCAUCCUGUCCCGCCCCCCAAGAAAGGUUGGUGACACCCAGUGUGGUGUCUGAACUGACUGAUCCUUACAUGACGUUGUUGGGGCGUCUGUGUGUUUUCCUGCAGAGAAGUGCCCGGUGGACAACGCCAAACUGACUGUGGUGGUCAACAACAUUGCUGUUGCUGAGCAAAUUGGGGAGCUCUUCAUUCACUGCAAGUACGGCUGCCGGCCCGCUGCAAGUGGCAAGCCUCCUGCCUUCGAGGUGGACCCUCACGGGUGCCCCUUCACCAUUAAACUGAGUGCCAGAAAGUAAGUCCAUGUGGAAAUGUUUUCCCAAGGAAAACCUCUGCUUUAUAACUUGUUCCCCAUAUGUUAAGGGGGGUUGUAGGGGUUAUGCCUUCAUGUUUAUGGUGGGCGACCAUCUGAACACCAUCAGUUCUUCUACUGUGAAGUGGGUAUUUCGUGGUGUCUACACCACAGCUUCUUAGAUCUCCAGCUGUAAACCUGACCCCGAAAGGCUGGGGAAGGCUGCUUCAUAGCCUGUUAUACUAGAGCAGGGGUAGCCAAUGCAGUGCCCUGGAGAAGUUGUAUGACAACUCCCAUCAUCCCUGACUAUUAGCUAUGGUGGUUGAAACUGGUGGGAGUUGUGGUCCAAAACAUCUGCAGGACGUUGCAUCCUUUGCCGCUGAACUAGAGGAUGAACAGUGUCAUGUGAGAGCUUGAAAGGGCCCAUUACCUUGCUGCACUGCUAGGGGGUGCUGUUUUGCAGGCAUCUCAGUUGGUAAGGAACAGAGCAACCUUCGUCAACCUGGUGCCUUCCAGAUGUUUUGGAUUCGGAAUGGCCAUAGCUCAGUGGUAGAGUGUCUGCCUUGCAAGCAGAAGGUCCCAAGUUCAAUCCCCGGCAUCUCCAGGUAGGGUUGGGGGAGCCUACUGCCUGAAAUCCUGGAGAGCUGCUGCCAGUCAGUGUAGACAAUACUGAGCUAGAUGAACCCAAUGUUUUGACUCUGUAUAAAGCAGCUUCCUAUUACAACUCCCAUCAGCCCCAGCAUUAUUUUGCUGCACUGUCUGGGACAGCUAAGACAGAGUCAGCUUUUGGGGGGUUAGGCUUGUUGUUGUUGUUUAGUCGUUUAGUCGUGUCCGACUCUUCGUGACCCCAUGGACCAGAGCACGCCAGGCACUUCUGUCCUCCACUGCCUCCCUCAGUUUGGCCAAAUUCAUGCUGGUAGCUUCAAGAAUACCAUCCAACCAUCUCAUUCUCUGUCGUCCCCUUCUCCUUGUGCCCUCCAUCUUUCCCAACAUCAGGGUCUUUUCCAGGGAGUCUUCUCUUCUCAUGAGGUGGCCAAAGUAUUGGAGCCUCAGCUUCACGAUCUGUCCUUCCAGUGAGCACUCAGGGCUGAUUUCCUUAAGAAUGGAUACGUUUGAUCUUCUUACAGUCCAUGGGACUCUCAAGAGUCUCCUCCAGCACCAUAAUUCAAAAGCAUCAAUUCUUCGGCGAUCAGCCUUCUUUAUGGUCCAGCUCUCACUUCCAUACAUCACUACUGGGAAAACCAUGGCUUUUACUAUACGGACCUUUGUUGGCAAGGUGAUGUCUCUGCUUUUUUAAGAUGUUGUCUAGGUUUGCCAUCGCCUUUCUCCCAAGGAGCAGGCGACUUUUAAUUUCGUGACUGCUGUCACCAUCUGCAGUGAUCAUGGAGCCCAAGAAAGUAAAAUCUCUCACUGCCUCCAUUUCUUCCCCUUCUAUUUGCCAGGAGGUGAUGGGCCCAGUGGCCAUGAUCUUAGUUUUUUUGAUGUUGAGCUUCAGACCAUAUUUUGCGCUCUCCUCUUUCACCCUCAUUAAAAGGUUCUUUAAUUCCUCUUCACUUUCUGCCAUCAAGGUUGUGUCAUCUGCAUAUAGGCUUAGUUUAUCCAUAUUCUCUCUUUCAGAUAAACGAAAAGUUACUAAAUUUCAGAACCUUCCCUGGUCUUUCCAAAUGACAAGAUCCACACACACACACACACCCUGCCAUGUUCUAGCCUAUCUUAAAAAAGUGCUACAUGAGGAAGUUGCCACUGGUGCAGUGGCUGGAACGUGUCCCAUAUUCCAGCCCCCUUUCACUCAUGAGAGUAGCUCAGGGACAGAUGAUUGUUUUCCUCCUGCUUGUUUGCUAAUAAUGCGCCAUCUUCUUCAUCCAGGGACCAUGAAAGCAGCUGUGAUUACAGGCCGGUUCGCUGCCCCAACAACCCCAGCUGCCCGCCACUUCUCAAGAUGAACCUGGAAGCGCACCUCAAGGAGUGUGAGCACAUCAAGUGCCCCCAUUCCAAAUAUGGGUAAGCAGAGGGGCAGAAUCCUGAAGAUUUAAGCAGGGACCUGCUUGGAACACCUUUUAUUCUCUUCUUGUUGUUGUUGUGAUGAUCUUUUGGGUAAGUGGGAAGGUUGUUUUGUUAAGUAUGCUAUUUGGACGAUCACUUUCCAAGUUUCGAUUUUGAUUCUUACAAAAUGUAAUUAUAUAAGCCACUUUGGGGCUGUUCCUUUGUAAAAUGACUCAUGAAUGACGACAACAACAACAACAACAACAACAAUGCUAAUGCCAAAGAUCAAUCCUCAAGCUCUUCCCCAUAAUGCUCAGCUCCAUCCUUCCCCAGCCUGGUGCCCUGCAGAUGUUUUGGCCCACAACUUUCAUCGGUCCCAUCCGGGAUGCAAUCCAAAACAUCUAGAGGACCACUAGGGUGGUGAAGGCCACUAUAACUACUCCUUUCCUUUAGGUCAGAGGUCAGGAACCUUGGGCCUAGCAACUGAAUGCAACCCUGGGGGCCUUUCUCUAGCUGGUAAAUGGUACUCCCCCAGGCAGUACCCAUCAAUGCUCUCUCUACACCCUCCUCAAGUGCCUUUGCCUGCCAGGAAUGUGUCUUUGAAUUGUGUUAAUGCCUCUUGCUUGUCUGGAUGGAGAGGUGUGUGUGAGUCAUUGAAGAAACCUCUGACUUUUGCAUGGUUGGAAUGGAGCCUACAUGUAAAGGUAAUAAGUAGCCCAUACACUUUUGUUCUGCUCACUUGUUGCCUCUGGCUCUGCUCACCACCAGCAUGUGACCUGCCACCUCCCAAUGGUUGCUUUCGGCAGGGGAAAUGCAGCCCUCAGGCUGAAAGAAGUCCCUCCAUCCCUGCUGUAGGUGUACAUUCAUAGGAAACCAAGACACAUACGAGACCCACUUGGAAAUGUGCAAGUUUGAGGGCCUGAAGGAGUUCCUCCAGCAGACAGACGAUCGCUUCCACGAGAUGCAGGUGGCCAUGGCACAGAAGGAUCAGGAGAUUGCUUUUCUACGCUCCAUGCUGGGCAAGCUCUCGGAGAAGAUCGACCAGCUGGAGAAGAACCUGGAGCUGAAGUUUGGUAGGUACCUUGUCUGAUGUGGUGGAGGGAGUUGAGAGAAGCUUUGGGAGGGCAUGAGCCAAAUCUUCAAAUGACCAAGAUUGCCACUAGGCAGCCCUGAAGAUCAGGACUCUCUUUUUAAGAGGAUUGUCACCUCAAAAAGGUGUUUGGGACUUUUCACUUUAGAGAAAAGACAAGUAAGACAUGACAGAAGUUUGUAAAAUUACACACGGCAUGGAGAAAGUGGAUAGAGGAAAGUUUUUCAUUCUCAUAACACUAGAAUUUGUUGGCAUCCAAUGAACCCAAAUGUUGGAUGCUUCAGGAUAGAAAAAGAAAAGUUCUUCACACAGCACAUAGUUAAAACUAUGGAACUCACUCCUAUUGGAGGCAGUGGUGGCUUUAAAAGAGGAUUAUGUAAAUUCAUGGAGGAGAAGACUACCAAUGGCUACUAGCCACAAUGGCUGUGAUCUGGCUCCAUGACCAGAGGCAUUAUGCUUCUGAAUGCUAGUUGCUGGAAGCUGUAGGAGGGAUGAGUGCUCUUGCGCUCAGGUCCUGCUUGAGGGCUUCCUUUAGGCACCUGGUGCAGUAUAAUAUUUAUGACCAGUAAGACUUAAAAGGACUGGGAUUGGGGUGGCCUGCAUGGGGUGGCCUGUACAGUUGGAAACAUCAAGCAAAAUUUUAAUACAUGUGUGUGUGCGCGCACCCACACACCUACACCUGAAUUUGCUUUUAGAAAUUACAAGCUCUUUUCUCCCAAUUUUGUCACUCUUUAGAUGUCCUGGAUGAGAACCAGAGCAAGCUGAGUGAGGAUCUGAUGGAGUUCCGGAGAGACGCUUCCAUGCUGAACGUGAGCAUUGCUGCUUGUAAUGCAGAGUCUCCAAGCUCAGAGAGCCCCUUGGGCAUAGAGGCAGAGCAACCCCAUGCAGUUCUGCCUCCCGCCUGGGUCUGAAGAGGGAGGUGGGGAGCUCUAUGGGCUUGCCUCUGCCCCCCUGGGGCUCUCAGAGUGGCUGUUGAAGGCAAAGCAAAGUGACAUCCCUCCAGCUGAUGCAGCUUGUGUCUGCAUUUUGGGCGAUCUGAGCUUUGAGCACCUGUGGUGCACUGAGACAAAACAAGAUGCUCUUCCCUUCCCUUCAGGUUGAUUGUUAGUUGCGCGGGUUUAUUUUCUGGCUCCCUCCCAACUCCAACAACGCCCUCCCCUGCUCUGUUUGAGACAUAGGAUGAAGUUUGGAAGAAGCCUGUACCCAUUGGGGGAAUGGGAGUCCUAGCAAUGACAAAUUUUUGAUGGUCCGUAAGGCCAGCUAAAGUUUGUCAACCUCAAAUGUAUCAUCUUGCUAUCUUACCAUUGGAUGGCCUCACCACUUGAGAGUGAUGGCGUCCCAUACAUUUCCGCUCUCGUGAUUAUGGCUGCUCUGGCCCUAACCUGCCUUAACUUGCUGUUUUAGGAUGAGCUGUCCCACAUCAAUGCCCGACUGAACAUGGGAAUCUUGGGCUGUGAGUACCCUGGUCUUUCUUUCCCCAAGCACUGGCAGAAUUUCUUUGUUUCUGGAUUUUGAGGUUUUUCGCUGGUUGGUUGGUUUGUUGGUUUGCUUGCUUGAUUCCAAACUGUGCAGAUGCCCUGAGAAUAACCUCCCAUUGAAUGAGGGCAAGGGUAGGUUGCAAAUGCAAGGACAUAUUAGUAGGUUUAAUUGGACCAUCUUAAAUCGAAGUAAGAUUAUGCCAGGCUUCCAAUUUUACAAAAGUUUUCUAGGGAGGCCUGGAAAUGGACCAAAACCUCAGGCUUAUGGUGGAGCAGUUUGAACAAACACUGGUUGUCCAUAUGCAACCAUACUCUAGCUUUAAAGAACACCAAAGGAAACACAAUAUUUGGUUUCCACUGAAGCAAUAGUUGUAUGUUGAUAGUGCAACACUCAUUGUUCUAAGAGGGCUGCUGGGCGGGAUAGACCCACCAUGGUCUGAUCCUGCAGCCCUGUUCUUAUGUAGGAAUAGCUUCUCAGCACCCUCCCCAAAAAGCACUUCAGGGGGUUCUGCCUAUAGAAAGCAGUGGCAGUGUAACUAGCUUCAGGUGUGUAAGUCAGUGCCUCCUAAGAGGACAUUGAUCCUUGGCAGGGGUCUUGCUCUCAUGCUGCUGGUAUUGCCUUCUUCUUCCUCUCCCCCUACAGCAUACGACCCCCAGCAGAUCUUCAAGUGCAAAGGCACUUUUGUUGGUCACCAGGGCCCUGUUUGGUGCCUGUGCGUCUAUUCCAUAGGGGACUUGCUCUUCAGCGGCUCUUCAGACAAGACGAUUAAGGUAAGAGCUGCUUGUUUCUGAGCCUGCACUGAAGCCACAAGGAACCUCCAGUCUGCAAGGUUGAGGCAGUCUCAGUGGGGGGUUUUUCAAAAAAAAAAAAAAGUUUGCAUGUUGCUAUUCCUCAGGCGGUCAUUUGCAGCAAGCUGUAGAAUUAAGGAACUGAGCACCUCCUUUAUUUAUGAGGAGCAGGCAAAAGACUGAAAAUUGAAAUAACCUUUAACAUUACAGUGGUACCUCAGUUUAAGAACAGCCCUGUUUACGAACUAUUCGGUUUACGAACUCCACAAAACCGGAAGUAAUGUCCGGUUUGCAAACUUUACCUCGGUCUAAGAACGGAAUCUGAACGGUGGAAGGGCACCGGCAGCUGGAGGCCUCAUUAGGGAAAGCAUGCCUCGGUUUAAGAACGGUUUCAGUUUAAGAAUGGACUUCCAGAACAGAUUAAGUUCAUAAACCGAGGUACCUCUGUAUAGUAAACAGAUGAAAAUUAUUAUGCAUUCUGAAAAUUAUUACUCCUCCUCCAGUCCUCCACAGUGCCAAGCAGACAUAAAACACUUGUUUCCAUUAAAAGAGCUGAGAAAAAGAGGGGUUGGGGUGGGGAACUAAUAUUCAGUGAAUACUACAUGACUUUAAUCAGCCUCAUUUUCUCAGUUUCCGCUUCAUAAUUGUCAUAAACUACUAAAAAUGGAAAGUUUGCCUGAAUUUGAAACAAGCUUCCAAGUGUGGAGUCCUGGCUCUUUGGAGGGGAAAGGAUACUGCGCUAGUCAGCCAUGUCAUUUUAUCAGGGUACACCAGGGGUCAGUAAACAUUUUCAGCAGGGGGCCGGUCCACUGCCCCUCAGACCUUGUGGGGGACUGGACUAUAUUUUUUUUUGGGGGGGGGAACAAAUUCCUGUGCCCCACAAAUAACCCAGAGAUGCAUUUUAAAUAAAAGGACAUGGGACAUGUUCUACUCGUGUGAAAACACGCUGAUUCCCGGACCAUCUGUGGGCCAGAUUUAGAAGGUGAUUGGGCAGAAUCCGGCCCCCGGGCCUUAGUUUGCCUACCCAUGGGGUACACGUUUAGAUCCAAGCAAGGACUUGGAAGGGAGGGUUGAGCACUUCUCAGAGCAGCUAUGUGCUAUAAUCCUCUCCUUCUGGAAUUACUUCUCAGUGGAAGUGCACUUGCAAAGCCUUCUGAGUAUGAACCAAGGAAGGGCAUGACAACAAAACCACCCAUUUCUUCUGCCCUGCCCUUGGGCUCCCUGCUCCCUGCCAAAUAUCUGUCACAGUGAGAACUGCUAGGGAUUGCAUUUCUCUGUUUCUGGCUCCCUAGGAAAACCUGCCUAUUCACUGACUUUCCUGGACUGGCUUAUCUUGGCCUGAAAGUCGGGAAAGCAGGUGCUCAAUAACAGGCAACCUGCUUCCUGCCUUCCCAGCUGUGGCAUAUCGGCUGACUUCCUGCCCUGGUUCCUGGUUGCUCUGGAGCCCAGUCACAUGACUCCCCCCCUUCUGUUUCCUGUUAGGUGUGGGAUACCUGUACCACAUACAAGUGCCAAAAAACCUUGGAAGGCCACGAUGGGAUAGUCCUGGCUCUCUGCAUCCAGGGGUGAGUCAGAGCGGCCACUCUUUCUUUUCUGCGGCUGCUUGUGUGCUGAAUCCAAAUAGGAGUCGUUCUCAAACCCAAUAUUUUCCUGAUUGCAAAGAGGUUUUACAAGUGCUCUCGUAACAUGGUAUUUGCUGCUGCUCCCGUUAUUCAGUUGGGUGAACUGAGCUUCUAGUGGUAACUCUGGAAAUUUCCUUCAGGCAAAUCCAUCUCCCUUUAUUCAGGGCUGUGUAGAUUAAAAUUCUCCAAGAAAGAUUGAAUUCUGUAUGAAUUGUGCCAAUAGAGCAGCAUUGCACAUUUUUUGUUACUUUCCAUAAUUCUGGUUUUGCUAUUGGGGGGGGGGCGGGUGUUCAUAAGCUAUGCAGGGCAGCUCCAACCCCUGAUCUCUGGAAAUCCUCAUCAUCCCCUCUCUAACUUCUGAGGCUUCAACAGCCACUUUCCUGCAUCUUUUCACAGCCAUGAGUGCUAGAAAGGUGCAUAUUUUUUAUUAUGAAAGUUAAGCUUCUCUGGAAGAUAAAAUUUCCAGCUGAUCAUUUGCAUUGGGCAUUUUAUUCUGUACUCGAGGGGAAUCCCAUGCCUCUUAGCAUAGGCUUGCCAAUACAGUGGUGCCCCGCAAGACGAAUGCCUCGCAAGACGGAAAAACCGCUAGACGAAAGGGUUUUCCGUUUUGAAGUUGCUUCGCAGGACGAAUUCCCCUAUGGGCUUGCUUCGCAAGACGAAAAUACCUUGCGAGUCUUGAGAUUUUUUUUUCGCUUUCCCCCCCCUUUAUCUAAUCUGCUAAGCCUUUAAUAGCCUUUAAUAGCCUUUUAGCAGCUAAUCCCCUAAGCCUUUAAGACUUUAAUAGCCGCUAAACCGCUAAUAGCGCUAAUAGCGCUAAUCCGUCAAUGGGCUUGCUUCGCAAGACGAAAAAACCGCUAGACGAAGACUCUCGCGGAACGGAUUAAUUUCGUCUUGCGAGGCACCACUGUAACAUCAUUAAAGUUAGUAGUCCACAAGAUUUUACAGAGUUACCUACCCACACUUGCUUUUAUCAAUCACAUCACUAGCAGCUUGAAGAUAACAAACACCUCUCUGUCUCUCUUGAGCAAACCUCCCCUGCCUGAUUGCUUGGAAGUGGUUGUUGCUCACCACGAGCACCCAGGCCAAACCAGCUGUGCUUUCUCUUCUUCGGACAGUUGUCUUAGUGCUCCCUAAAGGUCUUUGUUUCUCUUUUGCCCAGGAAUAAGCUGUACAGUGGCUCUGCUGACUGCACCAUCAUUGUAAGUAUCCAAGUCUGGGAAGGGCCUGGCUCUUGCUUUAUUGAGGGUUGGGAGGGAGUCUGUGGAAAAAGCUCUUCCUCUCAGUGCUGUGGAGGGCAUGGCCAGGAACAAUUUUACAUGCCCUGCCUUUUUGUAAUCUUUGCAGGUCUGGGAUAUUCAAACCUUGCAGAAAGUUAACACUAUCCGGGCCCAUGACAACCCUGUCUGCACGCUGGUCUCAUCACACAACAUGCUUUUCAGUGGCUCCCUAAAAGCCAUCAAGGUAUAAUUUAGGAUUGGGUCCUCCAGCCAAAGAAGACCCCCAGACCAUCCCUCCUUCUUUUCCCCCUCCUGGCUUCCAGGCCACCUUUCCUUAACCCUCAUCCUCCACUUCUCAAUUCUGACUUUUUAUAAAAAAACUCUCUUCACUGUUGCUGAUUCCUCCUCCAGUUACCCCAUUCCCUCAUCUAGCAGGCUGUACUAAUUUCCCUCGCCCCAUUCAACUUUACCACUCACAAAACCUGUGGUUGAGCAACAGAGAGAUUCCCACUUCUUAUAUAUUAUAAUACAUUUAUAGUCAUACCUUGGAUCUCAAACGGCUUAGUUGCCAAACAUUUCGGCUCCCGGAUGAUUGAAAACCAGAAGUGAGUAUUCCAGUUUUCAAACUUCUUUUGGAACCCUAAUGUCCGACAAGGCUUCCACAGCUUCCAAUUGGCUGUAGGAGCUUCCUGCAGCCAAUCAGAAGCCGCGCUUUGGUUUCCGAACGUUUUGGAAGUCGGAAGGACUUCCGGAAUGGAUUCCAUUCAACUUCCAAGGUACCACUGUGUAUCCCACACUUCUGCUAAGGAGCUAAGAGAGAUGUACAUGGUUCUCUCCCACCACCCUUUAUCCCCACAGAAACCCUGUGAAGUAGGUUAGAUUGAGAGAUGGUGACCCAAGGCCAUUCUGUGAACUCUCAGUCCCUCUCUUCUAGCUUUCUCUCUCUCUCACACACAAGAGAGAGCGCUAUUUGCAGUGUAACUAGAGCUAUUUGCAGUGUGGUUGGCUUGUGAGAUGCUAUGCCGUAGCCUGUCCAUAGACUGAUCUAUGGAGAUGUGGUGGGAGGGUGGGCAGACGAGCAGAGACUAAAAACCAACCUUCUGCUCAAAGGUACGAUUCUGCCUGUCCUUCUGGUCUCCAGGUCUGGGACAUCGUGGGCACUGAGCUGAAGCUGAAGAAGGAGCUGACGGGCCUUAACCACUGGGUCCGUGCACUGGUGGCAUCCCAGAAUCACCUCUACAGUGGCUCCUACCAAACGAUCAAGGUAUGUGCACUCCCAGAUUCCACACCCACCCAUCCCAUCCGCCCCAAUAUGCGCAUAAUUGUCUGCUGCCGUUUUUCUUUUCAACCCAGGCCCAUCAAUCUUCCCUCCCAUCUUUUUCUGCCCUAGAUCUGGGACAUUCGGAACUUGGAGUGUGUACAUGUCCUGCAGACGUCGGGUGGGAGCGUCUACUCUAUCGCUGUCACCAACCACCACAUUGUCUGCGGCACCUAUGAGAAUCUCAUUCAUGUAAGGGUGGCAGAGGCUUGGAGUCAGGGGUGCAAAGGUGCUGGGGUUUUGCAUUCUACACAGGUGGGUGGUGGGACCCCCCCCCACACACUGUGGCCUCAUCCAUCCCUUUGUGGUGCCUGGCAAGCCAACACUGGCAGAACGAAAGCUCUGGCAGCGGGAGAGCUUUGCUGUGUCCAUGCAGGUUUGGAGGGUAAUCUAGGUCCUCGCUUCCUCCCGAUUCCAGGUGUGGGACAUUGAGUCCAAAGAGCAGGUGCGUACCCUGACGGGACAUGUGGGCACCGUGUAUGCCCUGGCGGUCAUCUCCACGCCAGACCAAACCAAAGUCUUCAGCGCUUCCUAUGACCGGUCAUUGCGGGUAAGUGAGGCACUGCUAGCUGGGGCAGAGGGAUGUGCUUUGGGGAGGAAACAGAGGCUGGCUAUUAUUAUUAUUAUUACUACUACUAUUACUACUACUACUACUGGUAACAUUUGAAUAGUGAGGGGCGUGGGUUGAUCAGGUUAAACCAGCAUUUUUCAAAACUGCCAUUCAGGGGUGGAAGAGUGGGAGAGGCAAUAUGGCUGUUGGUGUCCAAGCAGUGUCUCCAUGGUAUGAUUGGCAAUUGGGAAAUCCCAACCCUUUCACCAGGGUCACAACAGAGAGAUAACUCCUUCUCACAGCACAUAGUUAAACUAUGGCGCUUGUUCCCACAGGAGGCAGUGAUGGCCACAAACCUAGAUUGCUUGAAAAGAGGGGUAGACAAAUUCAUGGAGUAUAAGGCUCUUAGCCAGGAUGGCUAUGCUCUGCCUCCACAAUUGGAGGCAGCAAUGCUUCUGAAUAGGGGAGAGGGCUCUUGUGCUUGAAUCCUGCUUGUGGGUUUACCACAGGUAUCUGGUUGGCCACUGCGAGAACAGGAUGCUGGACUAGAUGGGCCACCCACAGGAUCUUCUUAUGUCCGUACCCUGCUUGCAGAGUACAGUAGUCUGUUUUGGUUCUCAUGGCCUGAAUUUAAGCAUGCUUCAAAAAUCCUUGAUGCUGAUAGGAGGGAGUGGGUUGGGACAGAGCCUGAUGGUGCUAGCCCGGAGCAUUUUUGAAGCACUUCAUUCCUGAUAAUAGCUUGUGUUCUGUGCCCAGGUAUGGAGCAUGGAUAACAUGAUCUGCACUCAGACUCUGCUACGCCACCAGGGCAGCGUCACAGCACUGGCUGUCUCUCGGGGUCGCCUGUUUUCUGGUGCUGUUGACAGCACGGUUAAGGUAGGUCGCCGAUGUGUUCAGGGGUGUGCGCAGCAUUGAGCAGGAGGGAACAGCAGGCAGGUUGUUGAGCAGGUUUAGCUGUCGGAGCACUGCUACUCCCUGAACCCACCAGCGCCUUCACACCAGAGUUCCUUACACUGCAGAUAUGCAUGUGGCAGAAAAGGUGGUGUGGGUCCAUGAAUGUGAGCCAGUGGCCUGUUGCAGAGCACCUUCCUUCAACAUAGGCAAAUGUAGAAAGUUAUUGGCCAGAGUGAGAGGGCUUUUUCUGUUUCUUAUCUGAUUGAGCAGGGGGAAAACUUGGAUCAAGCUAUUCCAGGUGCCUAUCUGUUUGCUGUGGUUUGCAGGGUUAAGAGCUUGCUGCAGCAACAGUGUACUGCUGAAUCCUGUCUCCGUGGAGGUCUGAUAGUCUAGCACAGCUUUCACAGCCUGUCUGUGCUGGCCUGUGGCUGAGAGGAGUUCUGCCCUAAAACAUCUGGAAGAGACUAGAUUAGAAGAGGCUGGUCUAGCAUGCCUCUUCCCCAUGCCCUAUGAGUUGGGGUAGACUACUUGGACCACCCAAUCCCCAAGCAGUUUGUGCUCUUUUGCUCAUUUCUCAGCACUAGCCCAAGCAGAUCUGAUUUGUUAUUUGCUUAGUUAGGCUGUAUCUCUGAUGUGUGUGUGAAUUUUGCUAAGGGCCCAAGUCCUGGCUGUCCCUCUCCCUCUGUAACCUCGUUGGGCCCUCCCUCCAAGCACUUACCCAUAUGGUGAGUACCUUUAAGGCAGCCUUUGUCAACCUGGUGCCCCCCAAAUGCUUGGGACUAAAACUCCCAUCAUCGCUGUGCUGACUGGGGCUCACGAGAGUUGUAGCCAAAACAUCUGGAGGCCCCCAGGUUGGGGGAAGACUAUUUAAGGGCAAGAUUUCUGAAGCAGAUUUGAGUUGGCAACUUUGUGGAAUCAGCACAUUCCCAGACAGCAGCCUUCCAUGAGUUGUUGCAGAGUCCCGGAAUGGUUUAUUCUCAUAAGCUAGUGAUUGGUCAACCUUCUGCCUACUUGGCAGUGCAAAAACUCUUGCAGUUGUCAUGCAUACAUCAGGGGCAGAUAUGGCUGGUGUGCAGACGUGAGAUGGAUGGGUCACAAGUUGUGUGGACCUCACUGGUAGAUCUGCUGGUUUGAACCCCUGUGGGGUCUCUCACCUUGUGGGGCAAGUAUUGUCUGAACCUCACCUUGCAGCAGAUUGGCCCUCUCUUGCGCAGGCCCUACUGACUUUCCUUCCUGCCGCAGGUUUGGACAUGCUAGUGGGUGCCACUGCCUGCUUGUGGACGGCAGACUACCAAAUAAUCCUCCGGCUCACACAUGUCGUCCUGCUUCCUUGCACUCCAACGCCCCUCCCACUGUGCACUCCAGCCGUGAGCGAGCUUCACAACCCACGUACCUCAGCACUGCCACCCCUGACGCAGCAGGCCCUGUCCCAAGCAGGGCUUUUUGGAGAUAAAGCUCGCAAGACCACAUCACAGCGGCACCGUUUCUGAUGGAACAAGUAGGGCACUGCAGCCUCAAGACAGCAGCGUUUGGGUGAAGUGGGAUUAGAUCGAUGAUCCAGGUGUGAGCACCCACAAUGCACCUUUGCCAACAGCAGUGCCAGAGCCAAGGAUUGGGGGUGACGGGGAGAAGACCCCUCUCUCUUCUGGCAUUUAAAUGUAUCUGCUAAGCUCUUUCAUUUGUGCCCACCGCCAAUGAUAAAGACCAGUUUUCCCCUCAUGUAACCAGGUACGAUUUUUAUGUCUCAAAGAUUCCCAUCCCUCGCAUCAGGUACCACAAGGCCAUCCAUUCACAGCAUCAUGUCAUAACGGCACCAAGCCCCCCAAUGGUUUAAAACAAAAACAGGGAGAGCCCACUGUUGUGUUUUUACUGACAUUUUCUACUGUUUUUAAGAUUGUGAUAUAGAUUUGGAUUAUUUCUUCCUUGACAAUAAAAAUGGACCAUUGUUUUAGGCCAGCAUGAGUUAUUGACCAGCUUGGAGCAUCUUAGCAAAAGGAGUGUAACGUCUCUUUGAUAGUUAACCUACCUUGCAGCCCCAGCUCGGGAUCAGAGACAAGCGAUUUCAAAGUUUACUAGCCCACCUACCUGCAGGUACUUCUGUCCCUCCUAGCUAGUGAAUUUGACAAUUUUGUUUCCCCACACAAGUAUUGCAGAGAAAUGGCAGAAGACUUGGAUUUGCUUCUUUGAAGGUGUACAUCAUGCCACCAGCUGUCAAAGGUGGAAUGCUUUAAUAAUAGCCAAGGGAAUGUGCACUUUCGCCCUUGUCAAGAAACACUUGUGUUGAUGCAAGAGCUAAAAUGAAACCUCUUAUCUCCGUAUCUUUGCAGACUAUGUACUGCACCAGGGAGAAUAGCUUUGGCCUUUAUGCUCUGUUUGUGAGCUUCCCACCAGCAGGGAAAAUCUGGCCUCAGCAAGGUGAGAGAAGCAGAAAGGCUGGAAUGCUCAGUAAGUAGACAGACGCUCACUGUCUCCUCCCUCCCACCCACCUUUUCACCAUCAAAUGUGUGAAUCACAGAACUGCGAAGUUGGGAGGGAUCCGAAACCCCUGCAAUGACGGCACAGUGUGAAAGGGGCUAGCUCUGCAGACUGCUAAACACUUUCGUGCUUUGUUCCACUAGAUAGGGCUACCAAGCAUCUAAAUCGCCAAGACCCACCUGUGUGACUGGCACUCAGCAUCUAUUCCCAGUUAAGUACAGUUCAGACUUUCCCCCCUUCCCUCCUUAGGCUGCAGCCAAAACAAGAGUUUCACAGGACCAGACAAUUUGGACAUUUAUUAAGCACUGAUGGCCAUCAGUGCAUCCACAGCGCCGCCUACCUGUCUAUUGUAAAAUUGCAGCAUGAGCUGAUCGCUCAGCACCAUAGCGUCCUUGCAUGCACCCAGCGGUUUAGCACCUCAUGGAAAACUGCCUUUGGAGGUUGUUUCCCAAUAAAAAAUAUUAUUAGUGUUAACGUCAUGUUAUGUAUAGUCAUGGCAAGCGAGGAGGGCAUCUUUCCCAUGUUCUUAAGUAUUCGUACCCAGACAACUUCUAUUUUUUUCCUUUUUUCCUUUUUUUUUUUAAAUAGGAGCAAAUAUUUUUUACAGCAC